UCAUUCCUUCAUUCAUUCAUCGCUCUCGUACGCGAAGAAACCGAAGAGGGGAGGGAGGGGGAGAGAGAGAGAGAGAGAGAGAGAGAGAGCUUCUCCGCUUCAGAGUAGAAGAGAAGACGACGUUGAAGACGACGAAGAAGGAGGAGGAGCUGAAAUUUGAAGCUGACCGCCAUUUCUGAGAGAUCUCUCUAGCUCUCAACUUCCCCUCCUCUCUCUCGCAGGAAUGGCGGACGACAAGCAGUCGACCUCGAUUCCGUUGACCGAGCACUCGGGUCUCAGUAAGAGCGGCAACAGCGCUAGCGACACCUCUCUGCACGAUCCGGAGGAUGCUCAGAAGUCUCGUCCGAGCUCGCCGAACUCGUCUACUCGCAAGGCUUGCUAUGCUGUCCUUCAGAGUUGGGUUUCUAAGAAGUUCAUGACAGGAUGUGUUGUUCUCUUUCCAGUUGCUGUCACAUUUUUUGUCACGUGGUGGUUUAUACAGUUUGUAGAUGGUUUCUUCAGUCCAAUAUAUGAAAGACUUGGCAUUGACAUUUUCGUGCCACCUAUCUAUCUAAACACUAAUGGACUAGAGGGGAGGAAAACAGCCAGUCUGGAUGGGAUUAUGUGCAUGAUGCCCAUGUUGAGCCUUGGAUUUGUCACCUCUCUUAUUUUCAUAUUCUUCAUUGGCAUAUUUGCUUCAUCAUGGAUGGGUGCAACCGUCUUUUGGGUGGGGGAAUGGUUUAUUAAGAGAAUGCCUUUUAUGAAGCACAUAUAUUCAGCUUCCAAGCAAAUCAGUGCUGCUAUAUCUCCAGAUCAAAAUACCACGGCAUUUAAGGAGGUUGCUAUUAUUCGUCAUCCUCGUCUUGGUGAAUAUGCUUUUGGCUUCAUUACAUCAUCUGUUAUCCUUCAGAGAGAUGAUGGGGAUGAGGAGCUAUGCAGUGUUUAUGUCCCAACAAACCAUUUGUACAUCGGUGACGUUUUUCUGGUCAAUUCUGAUGAGAUCAUCAGACCCAACUUGUCCAUCCGUGAAGGGAUAGAAAUUAUCGUGUCAGUGGGAAUGACAAUGCCACAAGUGAUUUCUCCAAUCGAGAGGAUACCUCAUCAAAACAGCAGGAUCCCUUUGAACAGGAUGAUGUGAAACCCUAUAAUUGGCAAUAUAGCAGGUUUGUGUUCUUCCUCUUCGGUCAGGAUUUGAGGUUAUUUCAUCGUCUAUAUUCUUGCAACCAUUAGCAAAGCAAAGUAUCUCCUUCGCUCGAUCUCUGCUGGGAAUUGAUUUGGCUUCUACAUAAUCAUCUCAUUAGUGAAAUGUAAUGUGCAAGAGUGCUUGUUCUUCUGUUGUAUCUUUCAUAUAGCUUUGAUUUGUAGAUUUGGGAUACAUGCUAUAAAAUGUAGUUGCAAGAGAAAUGAAUAUUACACAGCAGAUCACUUUUCUUGUUCGUCAACACUCGCAUACAAGACAUGUGCCUUGGGUCAACGUUAGCACCAAUCAAGUCUGGAGGUCUAUUGCAUGGCGUUCGGUGUGAUUAUCUACGUCGCUAGUUUGAGGCUCUGUGGAGCGUCAUCUAGGUAAGCACCAUUGAUGUCUAGCUGAGAUAUACACUCGAUGUCAGCUUCGAAGCAGUCAUGGGCCAGCAGCAGCCACCUAGUUAGGGGAAAAGGGGAACUACCUGGUGGCCACCCCUUCCCCUCCAAGGUCGCCAGUGAAAGUACAGGCCUCCAGUGACCUUGGAGGGAGAGGGGUGGCCGUGGGCGAGUCCCCUCCCUUUCUCAGUUUCAUUUUGCGAGUUUUUUCUUCUUUUUUAUGUACUUUUAAUAUUGAAAAUUAAUUUUUAUUUAAAUAAAUGUC